AUGACCGGCUAUGGGGCUCUGGCCAGCAUGAUGGCAAGCCAUCAGAACACCGAAGCUUUCCGAAGAUUCUCUAGCCUUAACAUGGAGAAUCUGCUCCACAUGCAAGCCGAGCUGCAACACUUGGAAAUGGUAAUCAACGAGGUCAGGCAAAUUCCUGAACUGAAUAGCUUCGACCGUAUCUGGAUCGAUUGUCCCGAGCAACUAUCGGAGGAAGGUAUACGUCAAAUCUUUGAGCGGUCAAGAACGUUGCUGGACCAGUAUCAUCGAGCACUCCUACAAACAGCAAAGAUCCAUACGUUGCAGAAUCCGAAAAAAGAUAACCUGAAACUGCGCAGGCAGUGGUAUGACGAGGAAAGCGGGGGCAACCAAUUCCUGUACGGAGUUGAAGCAGGAAUCUUCUGUGACGAGUCGAUUGCGUCCGACUUCUUGACGCUGAACGAGAAUGUCGGAGGCAAAGAUUCAUUGGCAAACUUUCUCAGUGAAAGAGUGUUGCCAUCGUAUCAUCGGAUGUUGGGCUAUCGCCUUCACCGGUCGAUGGCGGAAAAGGCUUUCGACCGAACCUGGGAGUACAGGCCAGAAAGGCUGGUGCAGGUGGGCAAUACGAUUUGCAUGCUGCUGUCGGCCAUGAUUCCGCCGCUAUCGAUUCUGGUGUUGUUCAGCGUGAAGAGCAUGGGAGGCCGGCUGAUAGCGAUUAGUAUGAUGAGCCUGGUCUUUUCAUUGGUGAUGAAUGUCAUCGCUCAACGACGGGCUGACGUAUUCAUGUCUACAACGGCGUUUGCGGCGGUUCUUGUCGUCUUCGUCGGAAGUGCAAAUGUUAUGAACAGCUGA